UGCGCAGGCGAAUGAACGCAAGCGGGGGAGAUGGUCUGCUGCCGCCGAAACUGGAUCUGGAAAUCGAGCUUCCAAUUCGUCGCAGCCAAACUCUGCGGUCGUCAUCUGAACGAAUCUCGAAGAACACGAGAUACGAGCAUCGACCAACCACUGAAGGCCUGUGCCUGGCUGAUCAUCAGACCAAUGUCUCCGCACAACCGAGGCGUUUGACGAUGAAUCUUCAGUGUCUUUAGUGUGUGUCCGUAUCACAUUGUCUUGCAUUUCGCUCACCUCAGUGUAGAGUGGUCGAAGCAGGCAAGUAUGGCUACGAAAUAUCCUCCAUUGGAAUCGAUUGAGUGGGCGGAAAAGCACCAGCCUUCAGCGAAACAUGACCUAUGCUCAUCAGGCGUCUUUUCCAUAUCUGUGUCCGGCUUGGUCGAUAUAUCCGAGGGCAGGAAGGAAUCUGAGGAACGUUUAGCAUUGAAUACACUCGGUCUCGAGCAAAAUGAAGCCCCCUCAAACAACCUCGAGUUGCGGAGAAAUCUGGCGAAUCUCUACUCGGCUCGCUCUGCAGGAGUUUCGCAGGAGAAUAUACUGAUCACCAACGGGGCUGGCGCCUCGAACUAUGCGGUAUUUUCAGCCCUUCUGGCUCCUGGAGACCACGUCAUCUGCCAGCAUCCGGUCGACGAACUACUCUACAAAAUCCCGAAGUCCUCAGGAGCAGACGUAACGCUAUGGACAACUGAGCUGGCAAAAAAGUGGCAGAUCGAUCUCGAGGAGCUUAAGCAGAUGAUCAAAGACAACACAAAGAUGAUUGUUAUCCAAAGUCCCUGCGAUCCGACAGGCGCAAUCGUGUCGAAACCAACGCUCGAAGCCCUGGUCGAGAUUGCGGAAGAGAAAGGAAUCAUGGUCCUGGCGGACGAGAGCUAUAGGCCCCUGUUUCAUUCAAUAUCGCCAUCCAGUGCCGACUUCCCGCCUUCGACAAUCAAUAUGGGAUACAGGCGGGUAAUUGUAACUGGAACCACGAGCAAAGCAUACAGCUUGGCCGGCAUCAAAGCAGGAUGGGUUGCCUCAAAAGACCUAGAUAUCUUGGAUGCUUGCGCAAGGAGCAUAGUCUAUGCUUCGCUCGCAGCGUCCAAAGUUGACGAAGCUGUGGCGGCAGAAGCCACAAGCGACAGAUGCAUUCAUGCGUUGUUAGGGAGGAAUAUUACCUUAUGUCGAACGAACCUGGAUCUUCUUCAAGGAUUCAUCGAGGAACACAGUUGGGCCUGUUCGUGGGUGAGGCCUCUUGCUGGCACGACAGCGAUGCUCAAAUUUCACAAGAUGGGUAAGCCUGUUGAUGAUGAAGCAUUCUGCUUGGCCCUUUUAGAACACACAGGCCUGCUCGUCUGUCCAGCGAGCAAGUGCUUCGGUGACAGCCAGAAGUUUCGGGGGUAUAUCCGGGUAGCGUUUGGCGGAUCGGAGGCUGAAAUGAAAGCUGCUCUCGCGGCCUGGACAUCGUUCAUGGAAGAGAAGUACGAGGGCAUUCCGACCGUAUCAGCCAGAUGAAGUGGCCGAUGCCAGACAGAAACACUGUCUCAUGUUCAUCGACACAUGGCUGUCAGACACAGCAAAGUAAAAUUGUAUGAUAUCCUUCCAAACUUUGGGGUCAGAGAUGCCUUCAUCGCGUCCGUAAAUGUAACAAGAUGGGUUGUGCCGAACGCCUAUAUCAUAGUCUCAAGCCCGUCAAUCAACAGGCCACUUGAGCUCCGAAGAGAGAGCUUGCUGAUUUCAGGGCAGAGACAAAUCAUAGGAUACACACUAGGCUUUCAUCAU